CUUUUGGUUUUAAAUUUUUACAGUUCUUUGAAAGUGUUGAGAAUGUAUUUAAUUCUAAUUUAAUUUACAGACACUAUCUAAAUUUUCUUACAUUUUACAGUAUCCAUCGAACACCAGUCCUGUUCUGCCCUUCAUUUUUAAAUUGGUAAUCAGCUAAGUAAACUGCCACCAUGGGAGAUGGUGAGAUGGAAUGUUUCGGCAAGGCGGCCGUCUACCUCCGGAAGCCGGAAAGGGAAAGGAUUGAGGCUCAGAACAAACCUUUUGAUGCCAAAACAGCAGUCUUUGUGACCGAUGCUGCUGAGAUGUACCUCAAGGGUACACUGAAGAGUAAAGAGGGUGGCAAAGCCACUGUAGAUACUGAGGGUGGAAAAUCUGUCACAGUUAAGGAUGAUGAAAUCUUCCCAAUGAAUCCUCCAAAGUUCGACAAAAUGGAGGACAUGGCCAUGAUGACCCACCUCAAUGAACCUGCUGUGCUGUUUAACCUCAAAGAGCGUUAUGCAGCAUGGAUGAUCUACACCUACUCUGGGUUGUUCUGCGUCACUGUGAACCCCUACAAGUGGCUCCCAGUGUAUGAUGCAGUAGUUGUGGCUGGAUACAGAGGCAAAAAGAGGAUUGAAGCCCCACCUCACAUCUUCUCCAUCUCUGAUAACGCCUAUCAGUUCAUGCUCACUGAUCGUGAAAACCAGUCUGUCCUGAUUACUGGAGAAUCUGGUGCAGGAAAGACUGUAAACACAAAACGUGUCAUUCAGUACUUUGCAAUGGUUGGCAUGACUGGAAAGAAGGCAGCAGAGCCUGUUCCUGGCAAAAUGCAGGGGUCGCUGGAAGACCAAAUUGUGGCAGCCAACCCCCUGCUGGAGGCUUAUGGUAAUGCCAAGACUGUGAGGAAUGACAACUCCUCUCGUUUUGGUAAAUUCAUCAGAAUUCAUUUUGGGCAAACUGGCAAGCUGGCAUCAGCUGAUAUUGAAACCUAUCUGCUGGAAAAGUCAAGAGUCACUUUCCAGCUGUCUGCUGAGAGAAGCUACCACAUUUUCUACCAGCUCAUGACUGGACACAAACCAGAGCUGCUUGAGGCACUGCUCAUCACCACCAACCCCUAUGACUACCCUAUGAUCAGUCAGGGUGAAAUCACAGUCAAGAGCAUCAAUGAUGUGGAGGAGUUCAUUGCCACAGACACGGCCAUUGACAUCCUGGGUUUCACCGCUGAUGAGAAAAUUAACAUCUACAAGCUGACCGGUGCUGUGCUGCAUCAUGGAAACAUGAAGUUCAAGCAGAAGCAGAGGGAGGAGCAGGCUGAGCCCGAUGGCACUGAGGUUGCUGAUAAAAUCGCCUACCUUCUGGGCCUGAACUCAGCUGACAUGCUGAAAGCUUUGUGCUACCCCAGAGUCAAAGUCGGAAAUGAGUUUGUGACCAAAGGCCAGACUGUACCACAGGUGAACAAUGCCGUCUCUGCCCUCUGCAAAUCCAUCUAUGAGAAAAUGUUCUUGUGGAUGGUCAUCCGUAUUAAUGAGAUGCUGGACACAAAGCAACAAAGACAGUUCUUCAUUGGUGUGCUGGACAUCGCUGGAUUUGAGAUCUUUGAUUUCAACAGCUUGGAGCAGCUCUGCAUUAACUUCACAAAUGAGAAACUGCAGCAGUUUUUCAACCACCACAUGUUCGUGCUGGAACAAGAGGAGUACAAGAAAGAAGGCAUUGAUUGGGAGUUCAUUGACUUUGGUAUGGACUUGGCUGCCUGCAUUGAGCUUAUUGAGAAGCCAAUGGGCAUCUUCUCCAUCCUUGAAGAGGAGUGCAUGUUCCCCAAAGCCACAGACAUGUCCUUCAAGAACAAGCUUCAUGACCAGCACCUUGGAAAAGUUGCUUGCUUCCAAAAGCCAAAGCCUGCCAAAGGCAAAGCUGAGGCCCACUUCUCCCUGGUGCACUAUGCCGGCACUGUGGACUACAACAUUAGUGGCUGGUUGGACAAGAACAAGGAUCCACUGAACGACUCUGUUGUGCAGCUGUACCAGAAAUCAGCAAACAAACUGUUAUGUCUUCUUUAUGCAGCCCACGCUGGUGCUGAUGCUGAUAGUGGUGGAAAGAAAGGCAAGAAGAAGGGUGGUUCCUUCCAGACCGUGUCUGCUCUGUUCAGGGAGAACUUGGGCAAACUGAUGACCAACUUAAGGAGCACUCACCCUCACUUCGUGCGUUGUUUGAUUCCUAAUGAGAGCAAGACUCCAGGUCUGAUGGAGAACUUCCUGGUCAUCCACCAGUUGAGGUGUAAUGGUGUGCUGGAGGGUAUCAGAAUCUGCAGAAAGGGAUUCCCCAGCAGGAUCCUCUAUGGUGACUUCAAGCAAAGAUAUAAAGUCCUGAAUGCCAGUGUCAUCCCAGAAGGCCAAUUCAUUGACAACAAGAAAGCUUCAGAGAAACUCUUGGGCUCUAUUGAUGUUGACCACACCCAGUAUAAGUUUGGACACACCAAGGUGUUCUUCAAAGCCGGUCUGUUGGGUACUCUAGAGGAGAUGCGAGAUGAAAAACUAGCAAAUCUAGUAACCAUGACUCAGGCUUUGUGCCGUGGCUACCUCAUGAGGAGGGAGUUUGUCAAGAUGAUGGAGAGGAGGGAAUCCAUCUAUAGCAUCCAAUACAACAUCCGCUCAUUCAUGAAUGUGAAACACUGGCCAUGGAUGAAGCUGUACUUCAAGAUCAAGCCUCUUCUCAAGAGUGCAGAGACUGAGAAGGAAAUGGCUGCCAUGAAGGAGAACUAUGAGAAAAUGAAGGAGGAUCUGGCAAAGGCACUCGCCAAGAAAAAGGAGCUUGAGGAGAAGAUGGUGUCUCUGCUACAGGAGAAAAAUGACCUGCAACUCCAAGUAGCAGCUGAAACCGAGAACCUUUCAGAUGCAGAGGAAAGGUGUGAGGGGCUCAUCAAGAGCAAGAUCCAACUUGAGGCUAAACUCAAAGAGUCAAAUGAGAGACUUGAGGAUGAGGAGGAAAUCAAUGCCGAGCUGACUGCCAAGAAGAGGAAACUGGAGGAUGAGUGCUCUGAGCUGAAGAAGGACAUUGAUGACCUGGAGCUCACCUUGGCCAAAGUGGAAAAGGAGAAACAUGCCACUGAGAACAAGGUCAAGAACCUCACUGAGGAAAUGGCAUCUCUAGAUGAGGGCAUUGCCAAGCUCACUAAGGAGAAGAAAGCCCUCCAAGAGGCACACCAGCAGACUCUGGAUGAUCUCCAGGCAGAGGAAGACAAAGUCAACACUCUGACCAAAUCAAAGACCAAGCUUGAGCAACAAGUCGAUGAUCUUGAAGGUUCAUUGGAACAAGAGAAGAAGCUGCGUAUGGACCUUGAGAGAGCCAAAAGAAAGCUUGAAGGAGACUUGAAACUGGCCCAAGAGUCCAUAAUGGACCUGGAGAAUGACAAGCAGCAGUCUGAUGAGAAGAUCAAGAAGAAGGACUUCGAAAUAAGUCAACUUCUGAGCAAGAUUGAAGAUGAACAGUCACUGGGUGCCCAGCUUCAGAAGAAAAUAAAAGAGCUCCAGGCUCGCAUUGAAGAGCUGGAGGAAGAAAUUGAGGCUGAGCGUGCAGCUCGUGCUAAAGUUGAGAAGCAGAGAGCUGAUCUCUCCAGGGAACUUGAGGAGAUCAGUGAGAGGCUCGAGGAAGCUGGAGGUGCCACUGCUGCUCAGAUCGAGAUGAGCAAGAAGCGUGAGGCCGAGUUCCAGAAACUGCGUCGCGAUCUGGAAGAGUCCACUCUGCAGCAUGAAGCCACGGCUGCUGCCCUCCGCAAGAAACAAGCUGACAGUGUUGCUGAGCUUGGAGAACAGAUCGACAACCUUCAGCGUGUCAAGCAGAAGCUGGAGAAGGAAAAGAGUGAAUACAAAAUGGAGAUAGAUGAUCUCUCCAGUAACAUGGAGGCUGUGGCAAAAUCAAAGGCUAACCUAGAAAAGAUGUGCCGCACCCUAGAGGACCAGCUGAGUGAACUCAAGGCUAAGAAUGAUGAACACGUUCGUCAACUGAAUGACAUCAGCACACAAAAAGCACGCCUUCAGACUGAGAAUGGUGAAUUUAGCCGUCAGCUAGAGGAGAAGGAAGCACUUGUUUCUCAGAUGACCAGAGGAAAACAAGCUUACACACAGCAGAUUGAGGAACUCAAAAGGCAAAUCGAGGAGGAGAUCAAGGCCAAGAACGCCCUGGCUCAUGCUGUCCAAUCAGCCCGUCAUGACUGUGAUCUGCUCAGAGAGCAAUAUGAGGAAGAGCAGGAGGCCAAGGCUGAGCUUCAACGUGGAAUGUCCAAGGCCAACAGUGAGGUGGCUCAGUGGAGAACAAAAUAUGAGACUGAUGCCAUCCAGCGUACCGAGGAGCUCGAGGAAGCCAAGAAAAAGCUUGCUCAGCGUCUACAAGAGGCAGAGGAAUCCAUUGAAGCUGUGAAUUCCAAGUGUGCUUCUCUGGAGAAGACCAAGCAGAGACUGCAGGGUGAGGUGGAAGACCUCAUGAUCGACGUUGAGAGAGCCAAUGCCCUGGCUGCCAAUCUUGACAAGAAGCAGAGGAACUUUGAUAAGGUCUUGGCAGAAUGGAAACAGAAGUAUGAAGAAGGUCAGGCUGAACUGGAGGGAGCUCAGAAAGAGGCUCGCUCUCUCAGCACUGAACUGUUUAAGAUGAAGAACUCAUAUGAGGAAGCGCUUGACCAUCUCGAGACUCUGAAGAGAGAGAACAAGAAUCUGCAGCAGGAGAUCUCUGACCUGACUGAACAGAUUGGAGAGACUGGAAAGACCAUUCAUGAGCUGGAGAAGGCAAAGAAGACAGUGGAAACAGAAAAAUCUGAAAUCCAGACUGCUCUUGAGGAAGCUGAGGGUACACUUGAACAUGAGGAAUCAAAGAUUCUUCGUAUCCAGCUUGAGCUCAACCAGGUUAAAAGCGAGAUUGACAGGAAACUGGCUGAGAAGGAUGAGGAGAUGGAGCAGAUCAAGAGAAACAGCCAGAGGGUGAUUGAGUCCAUGCAGACCACUCUGGACUCUGAGGUUAGGAGCAGAAACGAUGCUUUGAGGGUCAAGAAGAAGAUGGAAGGAGAUCUCAAUGAGAUGGAGAUUCAGCUUAGCCAUGCCAACCGCCAGGCUGCAGAGGCCCAGAAACAGCUCAGGAAUGUCCAAGGACAGCUCAAGGAUGCCCAACUGCACCUUGACGAGGCUGUCAGAGGACAGGAAGACAUGAAGGAGCAGGUGGCCAUGGUAGAGCGCAGGAAUAAUCUGAUGCUGGCAGAAAUUGAGGAACUGAGAGUUGCACUGGAGCAAACAGAGAGAGGCCGCAAAGUGGCUGAACAGGAGCUGGUUGACGCCAGUGAGCGUGUGGCACUGCUGCACUCUCAGAAUACCAGCCUAAUCAACACCAAGAAAAAGCUUGAGGCUGACCUGGUUCAAAUACAAGGUGAGGUGGACGAUACCAUUCAGGAGGCAAGGAAUGCUGAAGAGAAGGCUAAGAAGGCCAUCACAGAUGCUGCCAUGAUGGCUGAAGAGCUGAAGAAAGAGCAGGACACCAGUGCUCAUCUGGAGAGGAUGAAGAAGAACCUUGAGGUUACAGUCAAAGAUCUGCAGCAUCGUCUGGAUGAAGCUGAAAGCCUUGCCAUGAAGGGUGGAAAGAAGCAGCUCCAGAAACUGGAAUCUAGGGUGCGUGAACUGGAGAGUGAGGUUGAAUCUGAGCAGAGACGUAGUGCUGAAUCUGUUAAAGGAGUCCGCAAAUAUGAGAGGAGAGUGAAGGAGCUCACCUACCAGACUGAGGAGGAUAAGAAGAAUGUCAACAGACUGCAGGACCUUGUGGACAAACUGCAGAUGAAAGUGAAGGCCUACAAAAGACAGGCUGAGGACGCUGAGGAGCAGGCAAACACUCACAUGUCCAGGCUCAGGAAAGUGCAGCACGAGCUGGAGGAGGCUCAGGAACGUGCUGACAUCUCCGAGUCCCAGGUCAACAAGCUGAGAGCCAAGAGCAGAGAGGCUGGAAAGAGCAAGGAGUCAGCUGAAUAAAGGGUGAAGAGAAGACAAGACAAAAAACAAUCAUAUAAAAUAUGUAAUUGUUUUUGUCCUUGUUUCAUUUAUACAUUCAAUAAACUCUGUAUACUUCACAUA